CAGCAAUCAUAUUGGGGACACGUCGAAUGUAUUUACGUUUGAGGACAAAACGUCGAUAUUUACUGGGCCACUGCAACCUUAGACAAUGCGACUUUUUACAUAAUAUUUUACAAAUCUGCAUGAAAAUAUCAACAGCGGUCAUGGAGGAAUCUGUUUCCAGCUGAACACGGAAGAUGACAGGACGGUUCCUAAUCAAUACAAAUUGAUUGUUUGAUGCGUAUGAAGCUGUUUUACCUUUCCCUACGCUAGUGGCGCUGCGUGAUAUUCUCAAUGUUAUCAUUCAUCAUAUCGAUAUAAUAUGGCGUUUACACUUUGGACACUUUUUGAAGCGACUAUGUUGUGUUUGAAUGCGAUCUGCGUUUUAAACGAAGAAAGAUUUCUUGCAAAAGUUGGUUGGGCGUCGUGGCAAAAUGUUCAAGGCUUCGGAGAACCUCCUACAGUAAAGUCACAAAUUUUGAACCUUAUUAGGUCCAUACGAACGGUGGCACGAAUUCCAUUGAUAUUCCUAAAUAUCGUAACAAUAAUUGUGAAACUGGUGCUUGGGUGAAAGAAACGAUUGAUGGUGUAAAUAAAAGGACAAUGAGCUGUGAAAAGUGAUGUACAUAAACGCAAAAUUACAUUCUUUUAUUUUUACCUUUGUAUCGAAGAGUAAAGUAUUUUUUAUUA